CUGGUGUGGUGAAUAUAAGAUCAUAUUUUUGACGUAUAUCGGCGAAAUGUUUACAAGCAUGCGAAGUUACGAUGGAUGAAAAUAAGGACGCCAGCUUACUGGUCAUUGUAUUGGAUACGAACCCGUCUCAGCAAAUCAUACGCACAAACCCCCAUCACUUAACACAAUGCCUCGAUUCUAUCGUGGCGUUCGCCAAUGCACAUCUCAUGCAAAAAGCUCAAAAUAAAUUGGCUGUACUUGCUUGCCAUCAUCAUGCAACUGAAUUCCUUUAUCCGACACCAGGGAAGCCUCUGGAAAUCCGUCAGGUUGAUGGGCAGUUCGAAGUCUUUACCUUAGUGGAAAAAACUAUCAAGCAGAAAUUGGCCAAAGUAAUCAACGAGGCCCCGCGAUUGACGGCACCCGCCGAGUCGCUUCUAGCCGGCAGCAUGGCCAUGGCUCUGUGUUAUAUCGCAAGAAUAAAUCGCAACAAACCGCCAGGUCUAAAAAUUACCUCUCGCAUUUUGGUGGUUACCGGAAGCAACGAGUGCGCUUCACAGUACAUGACAUACAUGAACGUGUUUUUCACCGCUCAAAAACAGGCCGUAACGUUGGACGUCUGCGCCUUAGACAAACCACUGACUCUCCUCCAGCAAGGCUGUGAUAUCACGGGAGGACAAUAUUUGAAAUUGCCUCAGUUGGACGGAUUCUUGCAAUACUUGCUGUGGGUUUUCCUGCCAGAACCCCAAAUGCGUUGCAAAUUGGUGCUUCCACCCCCAGUAAAAGUAGAUUACCGUGCGGCUUGCUUCUGCCAUCGAGAGCUUAUCGAUAUUGGCUAUGUGUGCUCAGUAUGUUUAUCGAUUUUCUGCAAAUUCAGCCCGAUCUGUACAACGUGCCACACCGUAUUCAAGGCACCCGCGACAAUUGCAGCUAAGCCAAAAAAGAAAAAAAUGAGAGUAUAAUGGUUGCUUCGCAUAUCUUCUAUUUUACAAAUACAGUUAAAUUCAUCGUUUCUACAGUAAA